UGUCAGGUAGUCUUCCUUCUGCGACGCAACGGAGACUUUGAGUCACGACCAACGCAACAAUGGAUGUACAUUUUGUAUAGUUUUGACGUAUUUUUGUUAAAUUUCUGUUUACAUUUUGAAUUUACUAGAAGUGGAUUUUUUUUUUAACACCAAAAAUGUGUCGAAUGUGCCAUUGGAAUUACUCACUGGAAGUCGUGUUGCUGCUUUAUUUGCUAGCUUGUUUCGCUCUUUCUCAUGUUUCCUCCAUCACUGUGAGUUCUCCAGCUGAGCUCCAUGCAUCCACAGGAGACACCGUCUCACUGUCCUGCACUUUCAGUUCUACUAGCCGGCCGACCAGCAAGAUGACUGUCGACUGGUCGUACCGACCUCAGACUGGGGGACCGCCAGAGACAAUCUUCCACUUCUCUUCUCGUGCCUUCCCUCCUUUGGUGGGUCAGUUCAGUGGGCGUAUUCAGUGGCGAGGAAGCCCAGCGAAGGGGGAAGCCUCUAUCUCGCUGAUCAACUCUACAUUGAACGAUAACGGAACCUACACAUGCUCAGUCAGAAAUCCCCCAGAUGUCCACGGGAGCCCAAAUUCCCACACUGUACUCACUGUCAUUCCAAAGGCACCCAGUAUUCGUUUCUCCGAUGUUGCGGUCCUCCUGUUUCUCAUCCUUAUCCCUUCCACUAUCCUCACCCUGGUUCUGAUUGGACGGAUAUUUUGCCCCAGGAGACAGCACAGCCAAUCUAAAGGCUACAGAUCAGCCAUAGAGAUCACAGAAGGAGAGGAGGAAGACAUCUACCCAGCAGGAGGCAAACCGACGGGGUGCACGUGCUGCGACCUAUAUCUGACGGACUCUGAGAGUGAGAACGAUUACACGGACAUGAAAACGAACACGCCAAUUCAUGAAGAUUAUGCCGAGUCUCAGUGCUAGAGAUUCCUGCUGGCUCACUCGUUGAGACCUGCUGAAUGGAAAUCAAUGCUGAAUUAAUGCACGUGUCAACCCUUCAGGUCAGUUUGGCACACACGUGCAUGUGAUAUUAUGAAGGUUUAUUUUCUCUAAUUUAUUGCCUGUGUCAUAGCUGUGCUUUUUUGUUGUAUUUUCCCCUUUUUUUGAUACAGUAUGAUUCACAUCUGGGAGUGAAAUAACAAAACUGAUUUAGAUGCCCUAAUAAUAUUAUGACUGCACAUAGUGUAUAGUGUCUAAACAGGAUUGAAGUUAGCAAAUAGUCUCAAUAUAUGUUUUAGUAAAUUUUGAUGACUAGAUUAAUUUGCGUUAAUGAAGAGACAAGCAUGACAUGAGAGACACGCUUUGUCAGAAUGAUGAUCACAAUUUGUGGCGAGUACAGUAUGAAGCUGAUAGCAUACAGCCACAAUGUUCAUCCCCUUGCUGUUUGCUCUGCUGAACUAUUCAUGAAUGGAACUCGUUCAGUAUUUAUGAAUGUUCUUGAAUAUUCCUUUAAAAACUCCCAAGGACAAGGCCGGAACAUUUGGCACUUUCCUGUAGAAUCUGUCGCGCAGUUGCGGGGUUUGAGAGUGAUUAAAACACUUAAUAAAAGCCUGUAGGAAGAAUAAAAGAGUCAAAAAGCAA